AUGUUUAAGAUCAAAAAUAUAUUCGGAAAGAAGAAGGAUCAGUUGCCAGAUCAAGUACCGUUGGCAAGGCAAAGACAGGAGGAAGCAAGCAGCCGCAAGGUAGGUGCUGUUGAUCUAGAGCAAGGACAGAAUCUGUAUUCAGACACGAAGGUAUAUGGGGGCAGCGGAAGCGAAACAGAAACAGAUGCGUUUCCAUCCAUACCUGUAGAUACGCUUAUCGCAAAGGCACGUGACAUACAGAGAACGGCUUCCAUGUCAGGGACAACUAAAGUUAGCAGCCAAAGAUCUUUAAGUGAUGAUUCGAAUAAUAGGUUCAUUGCCAGUGAGAGUUUUGCAAUUAGCAGUGAACAGAUAGAACGUGUACCCCUGAGUGAUGACAUUGACGAGGAUGAAGACUACGAAGAUAGUUCCGUGACCAAUGAAAGUCAGAUGGAGGAAGAAGAGAUCCCAGAAACUACAUUUCCCGAACAGAAGGAACUGAAAGGAUAUUUUCUGAUCAAUAAAAUUGGUGAAGGAGCCUUCUCUGCAGUUUUUCGCGGUAUACCGGAUAAGAAUUCAUCACAAUCGUUCUUGGCAAAAUCAUUUCACGAAGUUGCCGUGAAAGUUAUAUUAAAGAAGGAAGUCAUGGAAACAAAAGGUGCACAAAAGCACGGCACCAAGGGAGCUACGAAGGAGCAAGUGUUGAAAGAAGUUAAAAUUCAUAGAUUAGUUUCAUCCGGUGAAGGUUCUGAAAAAGUCGUUCAAUUUGUCGAUUUCCAGGAAACUGAACAUUACUACUACAUUAUUCAAGAAAUACUUAGCGGUGGUGAAAUCUUCGGCGAAAUUGUUAAAUACACUUAUUUCAGUGAAGACCUGUCGCGCCAUGUGAUCAAACAAUUGGCGUUGGCUGUAAGGCAUUUGCAUUCGAUGGGGGUUGUUCAUCGUGAUAUAAAACCAGAGAAUCUUUUGUUCGAACCAAUAAGUUUUAUACCAUCAAAAACAAACAAAUUAAGAAAGUCAGACGAUCCAAACACAAAAGUAGAUGAAGGUGAAUUUAAACCUGCAGUUGGUGGUGGUGGUAUUGGUGUAGUAAAAUUAGCAGAUUUCGGUCUAUCCAAACAAAUUUAUGAAACUAAUACAAAGACGCCGUGUGGUACUGUCGGUUAUACAGCUCCUGAAGUUGUAAAAGAUGAGCGAUAUUCAAUGAAAGUAGAUAUGUGGGGGGUUGGUUGUGUGUUGUACACAUUACUUUGUGGUUUCCCACCUUUUUAUGAUGAGAAAAUUGAUAUUUUAACGGAAAAGAUAGCAAGGGGUGAAUACACCUUCUUAAGGCCUUGGUGGGAUGAAAUUAGUUCGGGUGCUAAAAAUUGUGUUAGAAGGCUAUUAGAAGUCGACCCACACAAAAGAUACAGCAUUGACGAUCUAUUGAAUGAUGAAUGGUUGAACUCUUAUGAUAGUAUUAAGAUCAAUAACGAUUCAAAAUUACAUCAAAAGAGAAAGAGUAGAAAUCAUUUGUACCAUAAAAAGAAAAUGGCUCUCAUGCAGAGGGACUCUUCUUUACUGUAUUCUCCUGCCGCUAACGCAAUGCGCGAUGCUUUUGAUGUAAGUAACGCAGUACAGCGUAUCGAGGGUGAAAAGAGAGAAAACCACACUACGAACUUAUCCUCAUUACAAGAAGACGAGGAAGAUUUGCUAACCUCAAGUAAUAAUAACCAAAAAUACAACAUUAAUCUUGAAGAAAAUAUGUUCCAACUAAGUCUAAAUUCUUCAACCAUUCUGAAGAGGAGAAAUGAAAAUCAAACAAUAGGUACUAAUAGAAUUGCUAUUCCGACACUAAUAGAAUGA